AUGUUUCUGCUCAUCAUCUUCACCGCCCUCCUCGGCUACGCCCUCUACCAGUACUCGAUCGCCAGAAAAUUGCCUAGUGGCCCACUCCCCUUCCUAUUCCUCGGAAAUCUGCCCCAACUCUACUGGCAUGCGUACUGGAAGGGCAACUUUGCAAAGGCGAUGAGGGAACUGCAGAAGCGGCAUGGCGAUGUUCACACCAUCUGGCUCGGCAUGCAACCAUUCGUCAACAUUUGCACCCUCGAAAAAGCCAAGGAGCUGUUCGUGGCCCAGGGCAAAAGCCAGAUCGGCCGUUUCGUCGCUCAAUUCAUCCAGAUCAACCAGAGAGACGAGACCGGGAAAACCUGGGGAAUCGUGGCCAGCCAUGGCGAAACUUGGACCGAGCAUAGACGAUUCGCGCUGCACACCCUGCGAAACUUUGGCAUGGGAAAGAAUAUCAUGGAGGGCAGGAUUAUCGAAGAACUGGACUACCAGCUCGGAGAGAUGGAAAACGAUAAAAUGAUCAAUGGGGAAAUGUCGGUCGGGGCUUGGCAGUUGACUGAUCUCAUCGUCGGAUCGAUCAUCAAUCGGAUUCUGUUUGGAUAUCGAUUCGAUAAGAAACGCCGCGACCACUUCUUCGCCAUCAAGCACAACAUGGACAGCAUGAUCGAAAAUAUGACGCCGAUCGAUGUGCUGUACGCUCCCUGGUGGAAGAAUGUACCGAUUUUGAAGUGGCGCCACGAGCACAUCCACCACUGCCUCGAUCCGGUUCUCGAUUUCGUCAAGCAGAAUGUUAUGCAGAGAGUGGAGGAAAUCGAAAAUGGAAAACACAUCAUCGAAGAAGAGCCGGAAGACUUUAUGGAUGCCUACUUCUUGGAACAAAAACGUCGAGGGGAUGAUUUGGGCGAAAUGAGUACCCAUGGGUUGAUCAUCGAUCUGCACGAUCUGUGGCUAGCCGGCCAGGAAACAACAAACAUCACCCUCCAAUGGUCCAUUCACCUGAUGAUCCAGCAUCCGGAAAUUAUGAAAAAGUGCCAGGAUGAGCUCUCCCUGGUGACAGCUGGCUCUCAGAACCUGUCGUUUGCCGACCGACCGAACACUCCUUACUUCACGGCGACCUCGAUUGAAGUCCAACGCGUCGCAUCGAUCCUCAACUUCAACCUCUGGAGAACAACACAAGAACCCUGCCAAAUUGCUGGCAACGAUCUUCCCCUCGGGACCCUGACCACAGCCCAAUUGUCUUUGUUGCUCGGCGACCCAGAAGUUUUUGAGCGACCUGAUGAGUUCGACCCGUCCCGCUUCCUGGGUGAAGAGGGGAAGAAACUGGCCGACAAGGUGACACCGUUCGGACUCGGAAAGAGGAGUUGCCCUGGCGAGAGUUUGGCAAGGAAUGAGAUCUAUUUGAUUCUUGGCAAUCUCCUGCUCCGCUACGACAUCUCGGGCUCCCCAAAAAACCCGCCGCGCGGAGAUGCUUCUCCCUACUCCCUCGCCCGAGGCCCCGCCAAAUACGAUAUUGUCAUGAAGACAAGGAAAGCACAGACUUUAGUCUCGUCUCUACCCCGUCGUGGCGCCUUGGCU